ACCACUGAGCUGCUGUCAUGUGAUAGCUCGUCCGAGGAGCUGCUGUUAACAGUAGCUUCCUACGUUUAGACGGAUCUAGAGUAAAACCACGCAGGAGACAAGUUGUAUGUUUCGUUGGAGAAGAUAAACACGGCUCGUUUCUGACGGAGACGCUGGGGUUGUGUAGUCUCGGACGCGGUCAUGGGUUGCUGUUACAGCAGCGAGAACGAUGCCACAGAGGAGGAUGCUGAGGCACGUAAGCCGCUGAUCCCCCACCCGAACCCUGUCAGCAAACCCCCAAAUGGAACAGACUGGAUUACUACCAGUGUCCCCUCAGCGCGGACAGAUGAACAGGCCCUCCUUACAUCCAUCCUCACCAAGACAGCACAGAACAUCAUUGAUGUCGCAGCCGCUGACUCUGUCAUGAUGGAGCAGCAUGAAUACAUGGACAAAGCUCGGCAAUACAGUACAAAGCUGGCUGUGUUGAACAACAGUCUGCCCCAGAAGAAAGCCCUCACUCUCCCCUCGCUCACCAGCCAGCCCCACCAAGUGCUUGCAAGUGACCUGGUGCCAUACUCAGAUGUUCAGCAGGUGUCCAAGAUAGCAGCCUACGCUUACAGUGCAAUCUCUCAAAUCAAAGUGGAUGCUAAAGAAGAACUGGUGGUCCAGUUUGCCAUUCCCUGAUUCUGCGACUCUGGCCCGCAUAUUUUUCCUCCCAUCCCGCUCUCUCUGUGUCACUUCUGCAUCCUCACCCUCCAGCUCACCCUUGAUUAAAGCAUCUUGGUCUUUUUGCUUCUUAGCUAUGCCUCUAACUGCUACAAAGACAGAGACAAUGUAGGAUUGCACCCUAUGGCUGUCCUUUAGUGUACUUUAUGGGUCAGUGAUGACGGUCGUCAUGGGCAGUGGAAGAUGGUCUACUGUGGAUGGGGCCAUUGGGGUGUGAUCUCAUAUUUACAACAAGGCCUCCUCUGUACGUUAUGUGUGGACGACAGGCUUUGUCAGAACCAGCUGUGGAAAAAGCAUCAUGCAUCCUUCUCGGUGAUCUCUCUCUCUCUCUUUCUCUUUCUCUCUCUCUCUCUUUCUCUCUCUUUCUCUCUCUCUUUCUCUCUCUCUCUCUUUUCUUUUUAUGGGUUUCAGGGUCGUCUCAGCAUCUUUUAUUUUAUUUGUUUCCCUAGCCUGUAUAAUCAGUAUACUCCCCACCUAGACUGUUAAAGGCAUGAAAGAAUGUACAGUGUAUUCACCUGGAGAGAGCUGCAGAAUUUUUGGCACAUUGGCUAGUGGUGUAUACUUGAUAGAAUCUCUCUGGCAUGGAGGAAUGGAAAUUAUCACAGAACCAUAGGUGCAAGUGCAAUGGUUGUGUAUUUUAGCCAUUAACCUGGAUAAAAACUUGCAACAUGGCUUAAGGUUUGCACUUCAUAUGUAUUUAACUCUGUUUUGUCGUCUUGGGAUGACACUGCCCUUUCAUUCACUCAUUGUUUCUCCUUGCAAAAAACAACAAAAAUCUAUAAAUUGGAGCCCAAAAAAAGGAGAAUAUGUUUUCUCUUAAGGUUAAGAUUUCAUUAUAAUUUGGUAGGUUGUAACACUAUGAUCCUGAUAUAUGCCAGCAUCAAAAAUCUCGGUAAUCUGGUCUCACCUUGCACCAAGACCCAUAUCUCACAAAACCUAAACGUGCACCAGUAAACUAACCUGACUGAGGUAAUUUCAUUCACAUUUCACUGUAAUAAUGUUUGAAACUGGCAGUGAAAUGGGUUGCGUUGGUUAUUUGUUGUCCGCUGUGUAAUCUCUUCUUCCAGUUGAGGCCAAAUCAUGAGUGACCUGUCCAUGGCUGGUGUCCCGUGGUGGGUGAGGCUGCGAACGGGGGGCUAGGGGGCCAGUUAAUGUCACUGUGAGCGGGAAAAGAAGGAGCUUUCUUGGGGUGCAAGUUCUUAAGUUUACAGGCAGUAAUGUGUCUUUUAGCAUUAACAGAAUGAGCUGGCAGACUCUUGAAAUCAAAUCCCAGAACUUAUUUAAUAGCAGCGGAGGCAUACAGACAUGGAGGGGCGUGGAUGGUGCAGGGACAGAUAUUGUGUAUUCAUGCCUUUGUACAGAAUUUUCUGGUUGAAUAUAGAAACAGAUGAUGGAUUGUUCCUCUUUUCAUAGAGGGUUCAUUGGUCAGGAUUGGCUAAAAUCUUGUGGUGAUAAACAUUUUUAUGAAAAGCAAGAACUCUUUUUAGGCUUGUGUUUGUCAGCUUUUAAAAAAAGCUUUUUGCUGAAGAUUGUAAUAAGAUUGAGUUGUUCCUAUUAAUCAGAAACUAACCAUUGUAGCAGUGUGGCAGACCGUUAACAAUCCAUGUACCACCACAGAUAAAAUGAUCCGAGACCUU